CCCGCCUUUAAAUGCCGCCCCCCUUCUGCCCGCACUCCUCUCCACUCGCAUCACGCAGCGCGCACACACAACCAAACCCUCGUCGUGAUCCGACCCCGAAGGUUUCGAGAUGAAGUCGAGGGCGAGGUCCAGCAGCGGCGACUCCAGGCUCUCGGUGAGGAAGACCAAGGCCGAGAAGGACCCGAACAAGCCCAAGAGGCCUCCGAGCGCGUUCUUCGUCUUCAUGGAGGGGUUCAGGAAGGACUACAAGGAGAAGCACCCCAAUGUGAAGCAAGUCUCUGUGAUUGGCAAGGCAGGUGGUGACAAGUGGAAGUCCCUGUCUGAUGCUGAGAAGGCUCCUUUUGUGGCCAAGGCCGAGAAGCUCAAGGCUGAGUACAACAAGAAGAUGGGCACCUACAACAAGAAGCCGUCUGGGGGCCCCGCAGCGUCUGGCGACUCCGACAAGUCCAAGUCCGAGGUGAACGACGAGGAUGAGGGCAGCGUGGAGGGAGACGAGUGAUGGAGCUCUUCCUCACCAUCGUCACAGUCAGUAGGGAAGUCGUUGCUCUAACCGAGCGUUGCUCCUUAACUUUUCGAUGAUCUCUGUCUGUCUCUAGAUCUAGCAGUGUCCCCCUUUGGAGUUGGGAUGACAUACCCCCGUCUUCUUCCUGUAACGUAGUUGCAAGUGUUGUCCCUGAAGUGAGGCAGUAAGUUCUAGUGUUCGCUUCUUCGGCACUUGACCGUUGGAAUGUCAGUCAGUCGGUCUGUACUUACCCAAGUAUCUGUGCCGGUUUUAAAUCUCAGAACUCAGUAGAUGGUACCAACUGCUAAUUGCUGAACAGAAUAUAAUUCUCCUGUUUGUUGUCA